CAAUUUAUGCAAACGCGCAUCGAAAAUGUCCGGAAAACGCGAUUAAUCGCAGGCGAAAAGUGAAAAACCCGAAUCGCGAGUGAGAAAAGUGGGAAAGCAACAACAAAUACCUGCGAUUUGUCAACAAAACGCAGGGAAAAAAGGGGGAAAAGGAAACGCGAGAACAAAGAGGCGAAAAGCGAGGAAAUUGCGUGGAAAACCCGAGGAAAAGUGGAAAACGCGAAGGAGCCAAGCUCCAAGUUGGCCGCCAUCGAUUCGUGCGUAGGAUCAAUUAAAAUUCCGUGAGGCCGAGGAAUCAAAUCAAAUUAAAAAUCAACUAAUAUUUUGAUAUUCAAAUAUUCAAAUGAAAUUCAUUCAUCGCCUGGGACUUUUAUUCGGAUCUGCCAACUAUUUUCGAAUUUGAAUUGUGUCUGUGCUGCGGUUUAGCGCAGAAUCUGUGAUAAAGCAGAAAUGUACAAAGAAUACGAAAGAUCAGAAAUCGGAAAAAAAAUUCAAAAUACAAAUAAAAUGUGAGGCGGAGAAAUAUUUACAUGCAAAAUGUUGAGAGAAGUUUUUUGUUAUAAUGCAAAUGUGAAGUGGAAGAAUUCCCGGCAGCCCGACGCGAGUGAUAAAUAAUCCGACGACAAACAAAAGAGCAGAAGCCUACACGGCGAGAAAGAGCAGAGUGCAAACACAUUUAUCUUUAUUGAGAGCAACAAUAUCAAGAUCGAGAUAAUAAAGCAUCGUAAACCUUCGCAUGCCUUCGCGCGACUAAGUAGUUCAUUAUAAAGUCUCGCCACAAAUAAUCAAAUGCAAAAAAGUGCCUUCCCAGCCGAGGAAAUUCAACAAAGCAAAAGCUGAAGCUACAGCAAAGGCAAAAGCAAACAAAUCACAAAUCGAGUGGUAUAAUCUAUGUAUUUACGUGUAUUUUAUACAAAACAUCCAAUUAAAUAAUAAAAACAAGAGAGCAGCCAACAAAGCCGCUGAAAUAUUUAUUUAAUUUAAAUCUCUGGCCGCCGAUGUGCCCCAGUGUGUGUGUGCUGUGUAAGUGUGUGCGUGUCGAGCAUUUUUUGUGAUAUGAGUGCUAAAUAUCACAGGGCGAAGAAGCAGCAUUAUGCAUCCAGCGGGCGAAAAAAGGGGCGGUCGCCCCAAUGAUAAAUACACAGCGGAAGCCCUCGAGAGCAUCAAGCAGGACCUAACCCGAUUCGAAGUACAAAAUAACCAUAGGAAUAAUCAGAAUUACACACCUCUGCGAUAUACGGCGGCCAACGGACGCAACGAUGCACUUACUCCGGACUAUCACCACGCCAAGCCGCCGAUGGAGCCGCCGCCCUCGGCCUCUCCCUCGCCGGACGUGGUCAUCCCGCCGCCGCCCGCCAUCGUAGGAGGUCAACCGCUCGUCGGCCAGGGUUCCAUAUCCGUAUCGGGAGUAUCUUCCAUGGGCGUGGUGGCCAAUGGGCGUGGGACCAAGAUGAUGACCACGUUGAUGCCGAACAAACUGAUUCGGAAACCCAGCAUCGAAAGGGACACGGCGAGCAGUCACUACUUGCGAUGCAGUCCCGCCUUGGAUUCCGGGGCAGGAAGUUCGCGAUCCGACAGCCCCCAUUCGCACCACACCCACCAGCCGAGCGUGAGGACGGUGGGGAAUCCGGGAGGAGGUGGUGGUGGAUUCUCCCCCUCGCCAAGUGGCUUCAGUGAGGUUGCUCCACCGGCGCCACCGCCACGGAAUCCCACCAGCGCCUCCAGUGCGGCCACGCCCCCGCCGGUGCCGGUGCCGCCCACCAGCCAGGCGUACGUGAAGCGUCGAUCGCCGGGCCUGAACAACCGCCCGCCGGCGAUAGCUCCACCCACUAGCAGCCAGCGGGGCAACUCACCUGUAAUCACCAAUCAGAAUGGGAUGAAGAACUCGCAGCAGCAACAGUUGACGCAGCAGCUCAAGUCACUGAAUUUGUAUCCUGGCGGGGGAAGCGGUUCAGUGGUGGUGGAGCCACCACCGCCUUACUUAGGAGGAGGAGGAGGAGCACCACCGCCACCACCACCCAGUUAUACCGCCUCCAUGCAAUCGCGGCAAUCGCCCACGCAAUCCCAGCAGUCGGACUAUAGGAAAUCCCCGAGCAGCGGGAUCUACUCGGCCACCUCGGCGGGAUCACCGAGUCCCAUUACGGUCUCCCUGCCGCCGGCGCCACUGGCGAAGCCCCAGCCACGGGUUUAUCAAGCCCGGAGUCAGCAGCCCAUCAUCAUGCAGAGUGUGAAGAGCACGCAGGUCCAGAAGCCAGUGCUCCAAACGGCCGUGGCUCCGCAAUCUCCCUCGAGUGCCUCGGCGAGCAAUUCGCCGGUUCAUGUGCUAACCGCACCACCGUCGUAUCCACAGAAAUCCGCAGCAGUGGUGCAGCAGCAACAGCAGGCGGCAGCGCAGCAGCAGCAUCAGCAGCAGCAACAUCAGCAAUCCAAACCACCCACGCCCACGACACCUCCUUUGGUGGGUCUAAAUAGCAAGGCCACUGGAGUCUGCCUGGAGCCACCUUCCUAUGCCAAGAGCAUGCAGGCCAAGGCGGCCACGAUGGUGCCACAGCAGCAGGUACAACAGGUGCAGCAGCAACAGCAGCAACACCACCAGCAGCAGCAGCAACUUCAGGCCUUAAGAGUCCUCCAAGCUCAGGCUCAAAGGGAACGCGAUCAGAGGGAGCGAGAACGGGAUCAGCAGAAGCUAACCAAUGGCAAUCCCAGCAGGCAGUUGCCGCCACCACCCCCUUAUCAAAGUAACAACAACAGUAGCGAUAUGAAGCCACCCAGCAGCUGCAACAACAACAACAUACAGAUAAGCAACAGCAAUUUGGCCACCACACCGCCCAUACCGCCCGCUAAAUACAAUAAUAAUACAGGGGCCAAUAGUUCCGGUGGCAGCAAUGGAUCCACCAGCACCACUGCCUCCUCAUCGACGGCGGCGACGUCGGCGUCCUCCUGCAAGAAGAUCAAGCAUGCCUCGCCCAUCCCCGAACGCAAGAAGAUCUCCAAGGAGAAGGAGGAGGAGCGCAAGGAGUUCCGCAUCCGGCAGUAUUCCCCGCAAGCCUUCAAGUUCUUCAUGGAGCAGCAUAUCGAGAAUGUGAUCAAGUCCUAUCGCCAGCGAACGUAUCGCAAAAAUCAGCUGGAGAAGGAAAUGCUCAAGGUGGGGCUGCCGGAUCAAACGCAAAUUGAGAUGAGGAAAAUGCUGAACCAAAAGGAGAGCAACUACAUUCGGCUAAAGCGCGCCAAAAUGGACAAGAGCAUGUUUAUGAAACUGAAACCGAUUGGAGUGGGUGCCUUUGGUGAGGUGACGCUGGUGCGCAAGAUCGACACCUCCAAUCAUUUGUAUGCGAUGAAAACCCUGCGAAAAGCCGAUGUCCUGAAGCGGAAUCAAGUGGCCCAUGUGAAGGCCGAAAGGGAUAUCCUGGCGGAAGCCGAUAACAAUUGGGUCGUCAAGUUGUACUACAGUUUUCAGGACAAGGACAAUCUGUACUUUGUGAUGGACUACAUACCAGGGGGCGAUCUGAUGUCGCUGCUCAUUAAACUGGGCAUUUUCGAGGAGGAACUGGCCAGAUUCUACAUCGCCGAGGUCACCUGCGCCGUGGACAGCGUCCACAAAAUGGGCUUCAUUCAUAGAGACAUCAAGCCUGACAACAUACUCAUCGACAGAGACGGACACAUAAAGCUCACCGAUUUUGGCCUGUGCACGGGAUUCCGAUGGACGCACAACUCAAAGUACUACCAGGAGAAUGGCAAUCACUCGCGUCAGGACUCGAUGGAACCCUGGGAGGAAUACUCGGAGAACGGACCCAAGCCCACUGUGCUGGAGAGGCGACGGAUGCGCGAUCACCAAAGAGUCCUAGCCCACUCGCUGGUGGGCACACCGAACUACAUAGCUCCCGAGGUUCUGGAGAGGAGUGGCUAUACGCAGCUGUGUGAUUACUGGAGCGUGGGCGUCAUUCUCUACGAGAUGCUGGUGGGUCAGCCGCCCUUCCUGGCCAACAGUCCGCUGGAAACGCAACAAAAGGUCAUCAACUGGGAAAAAACGCUGCAUAUACCGCCACAGGCCGAGUUAUCGCGGGAUGCCACGGAUUUGAUAAGGAGACUCUGCGCGGCGGCCGACAAGCGGCUGGGUAAAAGCGUGGACGAGGUCAAGGGUCACGACUUCUUCAAGGGCAUCGACUUUGCGGACAUGCGCAAGCAGAAGGCGCCCUACAUACCGGAAAUCAAACAUCCAACGGACACUUCCAACUUUGAUCCCGUCGAUCCGGAGAAGCUGCGCUCGAACGACUCCAACAUGAGCAGCGGCGAUGAUAUCGAUCUGAAUGACAGGCCCUUCCAUGGAUUUUUCGAAUUUACCUUUAGACGAUUCUUCGACGACAAACAGCCGCCGGAUAUGACGGAUGAUCAGGCGCCGGUUUACGUCUGAGCCCCAACAUCCCACCCCCAAAAUCAUUGUUAGUCAAAUAGUCACAAAAAAGAGGGGAGAGAAAUUAUCAUCGAGUGGGUUUUUGGUUUUUGUAAAGAAUUCGCGUGACUAUAGAAUGAAACUAUAUAUAUUAUAUAAAUUAUAGGAGAAAGUAGCGAAGGAAACUGCGCAUAUACAUACAAAUAUAUAUAUAUAUACAUAUAUGCCCGAGGGCAUGAACUGAAUAAAUUUAAAACGGAACAGAAUAGAGAUGAAAGAAAAUGGGAAGAGCGAGUCAGGACCUUGGACUUUUAAAUUGAAUAUAUAGUAUAUCCUUCUACCUUACACCAUAACUAUUUAAAUUGUUAGGGAAACAAAGAGGGACCAACUGGAAAAUUGAACAUUUCUGGUGCUCAAAGCAAAAGAAAACGCCUUAAAAACGAGACGAGAUCGCGAAUUUACCCAAUCCCUCCUCUCCAUUUUUCCGCCUCCAAUCCGAUGGCCGGAUUUCAAUUCAGCAGGCUGGUUAAAUGCCGGCCAUCCCACAACGUUCCAUUCGGAAUUUGAGAUUGAGAGGUGCGCGAUGGAGAAACGGAGACCAAAAGUCGCACGGCAGCGAUAUAAGCGGGUCUUAUAAGCCUAAUCUAAAUCUAACCUAGAGGAACUGGACCAAAAUCUCUGUGUCCUUCUACCCAAUCCAUCUAUCACUGCUCUUUAAAUGUGACCUCCCCAACCCCCCCAAAAAAAAGAACAAAUCUUAGACCUAACCUAUGUGAAAAUAUCUAGCAAUGUUAGACCAACUUGUUGAAUGCCAAAUCAAAUUGUUUAGCCCACACACACAUAAGAAAUGUGAGGAAAUUCAACACUUAUUCUCUGAUAGCAAACGGAAAACACAGAAAAACGAUAUAUGAGGAGAGCUAAGGAAAUUGUAAUCUUUUUAAUGUAAUUUUGUAAAGAAGAACGUUAAUUGUAAUCUAAGCUAAAGUUGUGUAGCGCCCUAAGAUGUUUUUUAGUUUAUAGACCGCUAACCGUAAUCUAGUUUAAUUCCUAACAUUUAAGCGAGAGUACAUCAAUUCUUUGUUUGUCGUAGGUUCGUUGGAAAGAGCUUAACGGGAAACGAUUUGUUUUUCUAUUUAAUUAGCUGCAGUUUGUAUGUGCGUGUGUUUUUAUUAUGAAUAUAUAUAUAUAUAUAUCGAGCUAAAUAUAUAUAAAUUGAACCUAUUUUAAAUGUGAGAAGAGAUCGAGCUAAUUGAAAGAACUACAAACCAACUCUGUGUGCCUUGGCCAAUUAGUUUACUAAAGCAAAUUAAUAAAUGGAAAAGAAAAUUUAUACAAAAAA